ACAUCUUUUCUUGUUAUUACAAACAAAGAAUAUAUCUAUCUAAACAACUUCCUUUUUUUUUUUUCAUCUCCCUCUCUAGAUUUCAUCACCAUCGUUAUCUUCAUCAGAUGAUCAAGCCCAAAUAGUUAAUCUUCACUUAGAGAUACAAAAUGCCUUUGAAACAUGUUCCCGUAGUCAUGUAGAGGAGCUUAGACAUCAGCCGUAAAAUAUCAUUAUAGUAAUAAUGUCGCCAAUUGAAAAGGACAGAGUUGAAGACGAAGGAUCCAAUGGAUGCAAACCCAUAACUCCUGCUCAUCCAGAUAUUAAAACCUCUAACAUACCUCAUACGAAUGAGGACAGUAGUGUUAAUGGCAGCCAUAGUUCACAGAACAACAAAGCAACGAAUUUCCUUCAUUUUCGUAAGAAAGUUAAUUGGGAAUCCCUUAAAAAGAUGGCUAAAGAGUGGAUAAAGAACCCGAUGAAUAUGGCCCUUUUGAUCUGGAUCCUAUGUGUCACUAUCUCGGGUGCAAUUCUCUUCUUUGUAAUGACAGGUAUGUUAAAUCACGCCCUUCCACGAAAAUACCAAAGAGAAGCAUGGUUUGAAGUAAACAAUCAAAUCCUAAACGCCCUGUUUACUCUGAUAUGUCUGUACCAUCAUCCUCGUAGGAUUUACCACCUCGUGCUCCUUUUAAGAUGGAAAUCAAAAGACGUGACCACGUUAAGAAAAGCAUACUGCAAAAAUGGUACUUAUAAACCGAACGAAAGGAAACAUAUGGUUAUAGUUGUUUUACUUCUUAACCUCAACUGUUUUGCGCAAUAUGCUUUGUGCAGUAUAAAUGUUGGGUACAGUAGAUCAAAAAGACCAGCACUCGGGGUGGCAAUAACCAUAUCUGUAGCAAUUGCCGCAGCUGCAAUGGCUGGCGUGUACACUAUUGCUAGCCCGUUAGGCAAAGAUUAUGACACUGGGCCUGAUUUAGAGUCCCAAACUAAAGAAGAUAAUGUUGUGAAAUCAUUGGAAAAAAGAUUGUCGUUUUCACUUUCUGCAAGUGAAAGUAGACCUAAAUGGAAUGGAGGUAUACUUGAUUUCUGGAAUGAUAUUUCUAUUGCAUACCUUUCAUUGUUCUGUAGCUUUUGUGUUUUUGGGUGGAAUAUGGAAAGACUCGGGUUUGGAAACAUGUAUGUCCACACAGCUACGUUUCUUUUACUUUGUUUUGCCCCGUUUUGGAUAUUCACAAUGGCUGCUAUUAACAUCAAGAAUGAGAAUAUAAGAGAGACUUUAGGGAUUGCGGGACUCUUGUUAUGUGUAUUUGGUUUACUUUAUGGCGGGUUUUGGAGGAUCCAAAUGAGGAGAAGAUAUAACUUACCACCAUCUGGUUCAUGCUGUGGUAAACCCGCGAUCAUUGAUUGUGCAUUAUGGCUUUUUUGCUGUUGGUGUUCUCUUGCACAAGAAGUCCGAACUGGAAACUUUUAUGAUAUUGUGGAGGAUAAGUUUUAUGAGAAACCAAGUAAAGAGUCCGGGCUUGGGUUAAGCCCGGGUUCUCCUGUUCAUGAUAGCUCAUCAUUAACCCCGGGUCGUGACAGGCUUACGGAGGUUAAUGGAAAUUCAACUGGAGAGUUAUUAAUGGUAGAGGAUGAUUUACCCUCAAGAAGUAAAGAUGUUUCCCUUGAACCACCUUUUCAAUCCAUCAUAAGUAGAGAAGGAAAUGACGGAGAUGGAGGUCGUUUUUGUGAAGUUACAAAAAUACCCUUGAUCCUAAAGUAAUGCUAUGGGGGAUUGUACUUCAUGCUUAAAGCCUUGUACUGUAGAUGUGGCAGGCCAUGAUUGGAAAGGCUAGCUACUGUAGCUUUCCUCACAUGACCGCCCAUUUCGAAUUGUUAUAUAUAUAACUAGUAUUGAAGGCCCGCGCUUCGCUGCGGGAUAGUU